AUGAAACUCAACAACCGCGUCUUUCUUGUGGCGGUGGCCGGUUUACUCGCUACUCUGGGCCAGGCACUCGUUAUCACAGAUGGUGAUGGAGCCAGUCCCAGCGACGGAAGAGGCGUAUCUGCGGAAUUAUUCUCAGACCUCGAAGAACUCGCGCGUUUAGUGGAUAUUUCAUACUGUGUUGGAUCCACUGGAGUGUACAAUCCGUUCAAAUGCCUUAGCCACUGCGACGAGUUUGAAGGGUUCAAGCUGGUCACGACCUGGAACACAGGCCCGCUGCUCUCAGACUCAUGCGGCUAUAUCGCCCUUUCGCAUCCACCAUAUGCGAAACGCAUCAUUGUCGCGUUUCGAGGUACAUAUUCUUUGGCGAACACCAUUGUAGAUCUCUCAACCGUGCCGCAAGAGUACGUCCCAUAUCCAGCCGACGGCGACGACGACGAGAUUUUCACGGCGUCCGACAACACUAAAAAAUGCGACAACUGCACCGUGCACUCCGGCUUCUGGUCCUCAUGGAAAAACUCCCGCAGCACCAUCUUACCUGCUAUCCUACUCGCAAAGCAAGAAAAUCCAGACUAUCAAGUCGUCCUGGUCGGACACUCUCUCGGCGGUGCGGUGGCGGCGCUGGCAGGUCUCGAGUUGAGUCUGCGCGGGUUGGAUCCGCAGGUGACGACGUUUGGGGAACCGAAAGUUGGAAAUGGCGAGUUUGCGGAAUUUAUCAACGCGGCUUUUCGCCUUGACCUAUCUACUACGAGUUCAGAUAGGUAUCGCAGAGUCACGCAUGUCAAUGAUCCGGUACCACUGCUUCCCCUGAAAGAAUGGGGAUAUGCUAGCCACGCCGGCGAAAUCUACAUCUCCAAACUCAGCCUUCCGCCAUCAAUAACAGAUUUGGAAGUGUGCGAGGGCAACGAGGACGAGCGAUGCCUUGCCGGUGUCGAGACGGCGGAUUCGCUCGAACACAUGACUACUCAGACAUCAUCCGCGAUGAUACAAAUACAGCAGAAUGCCAAUGAAAUGCAGAUGCAGCUGUCUCUAAUUCCAGCCAAGUAUCGACUGUGGGAGUUGUUUUUUUCGCAUCGGGAUUAUUUCUGGAGAAUCGGGCUGUGUGUGCCGGGCGGGGAUCCGGGGUCGUGGAGAUGGUAG